CAGCGCAAGCGAAACAGAAACGCGACAUGGGUUGAAGAGAUUGGGUACCCGUAAUAAAGCACUGGUCACCUCCUUUAACGGCAUCGUGUCUUCCCACUUUUUUAUUUUGGAUUCUUUCCCCGUUUUGAAGCCCCUAAGAAAAUCCCUUUCCUACCUGUCCUCGUCCAGAUUCAAAUGGGUUGAGCAGACGGGAUUUCAUUUGUUUGACCGCGACUCCUCCUUCUCUUUCCGUUCUUCCGCCUCUCGAUACACUCCUUUUCAUCGCGCGGGGCCUUGGCAAUUGAGAUUUGAGAUCCGCGACUUUUGUUCCAAAUCCACACAUGCAAUGAGUAAUCUCAUCGUCGCCCCAGACCUGACGGUUCACGAUACUAUCGUUCUGCAGAACCUUAUCGACGACAUCGAACGCUACGACGACAAGCAUCUCGCACCCACCGAUGGCGACGAGGGGUAUGCCAGUCAGGAAUCCUUGGGUGAGAAGUCUAAGGAUGAUGAACCCUGCCGCGGAGUUUCAGCCCAGAGAGACACCAAGGACAUCCGCAAGCUGAAGGGCCUAAACGACGCAACAAGCCAAGAUUUUGAGCCGUCCGUUUUCUCAUCAUUCGACCUGCGCGACCUCCCCCACAAGCUCCCAGCCGCCAUCUAUCAAAAUGUCGUCGUCCCCUACGUCGCCUGGGGGCGCAAAAUCGUUCGUCACGAGACAGACGUCAUCAUGCUCACGCACCUCAUCCUCUACUUCACCCUCUCAGUACCGAGCGCCAUCAUGCUCUUCCGGAACUUCAACUACAUCCACGGCGUUGUGCACAUGAUCAUGCAGUUCUGGUUCACCGGCACAUACACCCUCAUGAUGCAUCAGCACAUCCACAUGAACGGCAUCCUCUCCAAGAACUGGUCCGUCUUGCGCUUCUUCGACGCCGCGUUCCCCUACAUUACCGACCCGCUCAUGGGCCACACCUGGAACACGUACUUCUACCACCACGUCAAGCACCACCACGUCGAGGGCAACGGGCCCCACGAUUUAUCGUCCACCAUCCGCUACCAGCGCGACGAUAUCUUCCACUUCUUGCACUACGUUGGCCGCUUCAUCUUCCUGGUCUGGUUUGACCUGCCGCGGUACUUCUUCCGCAAGGGCCAGACAAAGAACGGCCUCAAGACGGGAUUCUGGGAGCUCGGCAACUACGCCUUCCUGUACACCAUGUACUGUCUCCACAGCAAGGCGACGACCUUCGUCUUCCUCGGGCCCCUCGCGCUCAUGAGGUUGGGUCUGAUGGUCGGUAACUGGGGUCAACACGCCUUCGUCGAUGCCGACGAGCCGGAUUCGGACUUCCGCUCCAGCAUCACCCUAAUUGAUGUACCGAGCAAUCGCUACUGCUACAACGAUGGAUACCACACAUCGCAUCACCUCAACCCCCGCCGUCACUGGCGCGAUCACCCCACGUCCUUCCUGCAGCAGAAGAAGACCUAUAUCCGCGAAAAGGCGCUCGUUUUCCACAACAUCGACUACCUCAUGGUGACGGUCAAGCUGCUUCAGAAGGACUACCUCCACCUGGCAAAGUGCCUGGUGCCGGUCGGCGAGCAGAUUGCCAUGACGAUGGAGGAGCGCGCGACGAUGUUGCAGCGGCAUACGAGGAAGUUUGAGGAGGCUGAGAUCCGGGAAAAGUUCCGGGACUAUAAGACCAAAUGAGGAGGUCAAGUCCUGUCCUUUUCCUUUCCCUUUUCCUAAGACACGGCUUUUGGCACUUGAGUCGUGCCGGGAUAUUGAGGACCCUAGAGGAGGAAUGUAAUUCUUCCCGGCGGGGCUCUCACAUGAGCGUGUCAGCAUUUCUUCCUUUCCAUUGCAUACAUGGCGCAAGCGAAUUCUGAAUAGCAACAAAAAAAAAGAUCCGAUUAGACGAUAGACAAAAACCAAUGUCUUGAGGGGCAUACAAUAGAUUUGAGAGACUCUUCAGCCCUGCUGAGGCUUUUGAGCCAUGCACAAAUGC